UAUUCGCGAUGGGGGUUUAUUUACGUUUGCUCACAUCGUAACACGGCGGUGACCAAAUCGCGCGGACAAUCAUUCGACAAAAUGCGCUGUGCUGUUCCGACCUGUGCGGGAAACUGCAACCAGUUGGUGUCCUUUCCGGAGAACGGUAACCUUCGAGCCCGGUGGAAAAAUGCCCUGGAAGUGGGCAGCGGAAUAACCAUUCAGGCCAAGACUUGCGAAAAAAUUUGUUUGUGGCAUUUCGAUGGUAAGGAAAAACCUUCAGUCUCACGACCAAAAAAACUUUCCUCCCGGAAGCAGCUGUACCAGAUGGUGCUUCUUGAUAACUACUGCGAACCGAACCGUUUUCUUCACAGGAAAGGAAAAGUUGAGUAUGUUGACUGCUGUAGACUGUGUCUCCGGUUUGAAAUUCGGGACCAAAUGUCCAAGAAUGACGGCCUUUUGGAAGGUUCCGUAGUGUCAGAAAUGUUACAAAAUAUUUGCAAAACCACGUAUUCCCAAGACGAGCUAUUCGUCAGGAUUUGCGAAGAAUGUCACGAAAAAAUGACUCUUUUGGAUAGUUGGAUUGAAGAUGUUCGCGUCUCAGAAUAUGAGUACCAAUUUCUAGUCGAUGCGAUAGGAAAGAAGGUACCGGAAGUAAAAGAUAAUCCGCUUGAGCAAAAGGAUAGUCAGCAGUCUCUGACCUUAAACUUUGAGGUCGAACCAUUAUCCCCAAAUUUUGAGGGAUUUCCAGAAGAAGAUUUGAAAAUGGAAUUCGAAGUUGAUUCGGCUGAUGAAAUGGAAUCUGAUAAUAAAAAUGCUAUUAAUUUAACAGAGGAAUCAAAGCAGUUGGAAAAGGCUACAGACAAUCCCAAAGAAAAAUCAGCCAUUGUCAAAAUUUUUAGGUAUCCGCCAAACAUUCCAGGGAAGCGUGGUCGAGAGGCUAAACCUAAGCCUAAAAACCAAAUUAAAUUGCAAGAUGCUAUCAGGCGGAAGUGUAACAUUUGUAACCAACUAUUUGAAACACCAGACGAUCUCAUGGCUCACCUCACAGAAAAACACACCCAAAAGGGACAAUCGUGCUGUACUCUGUGUGAUAAAUCGUUCACUACCUUAACGGCAUAUAAUCGUCACCUAGGACUACAUGAUACAUCCGAACGUCCCAAGGUGUGCAGCUUCUGUCCUGUGGGCUUCAAAACUUUAGAGGCUCUACAGAAUCACGAAAAUAAAAAUCACGGUACUCAGCAUGAAGUACGCGCUAAGUUUAAAUCCCAGGUUCUGAAGUAUCAAUGUACGAACUGUGACAGAGGAUUCCGCUCCAAGUACGAUUUGGAAGACCACGAUCGUUACAUACACCAGAAGCUUCCGGGUGCAGUCUGCAAGCUGUGUGGAAAAGGUUUCCGAAGUCGAUCCUCGCUACGAAAGCAUCACCUGACCCAUACCAGAAACUUUCCGUUUGCUUGCCAUAGCUGUGACAAGGCGUUCCGAGACAAUUGUCUGCUUCAAAAGCACCUGGAAAAGCGCCAUCCGCCGGAAGCGACCGUUGCCGGGGAAGUGGUCAUUUCGGCAGAUAGUAGUACUGAUACCGCAGAUUCGGACGAGUAGUACGUGUGAUGAAAAUGACGACAUUUAACAGUAAAUCGUAGGAAAACAAAACAAAGGGUGAUUUCAUCUUCCGAAUUUCCUUGAUUUCAUGUUAUUACUUUUUAUAGUUAAAAAGUUUUCAAGCAAUUUUAUACCAUCAAAUCUGAAUAUUCGAAGAUCAAAAUUUAUCAAAAUCCAUUCAACAAACGGCAAUAAUGCAGAUGCUUUUUCAAGGACAAAUAUAAUACGUGUAACUAAAUUGUCGUUCAACAAUCAAAAAUCUCAGAUCUCUAAAGAAGCAUCUUAGUGCAAGUUCACUGUUAUUACGAACAGUUCAUAAAUACCUAUGAAAAAUUUAGAGAGGCGAGAUCGAAGUUCUGCAAGAAAUUUUCGCCAUGUUCUAUAUAAAUACCCUUGUUGAAGAGAUGAAAAAGAAUAAAUUAAGUAAUUACAAAUAUA